CCAAAGACACUCUAAAGAAAAAGUGAAUUUCCCCAAAAUCCAUACCCGCAGUUCGCCGUCCUCUCCGAAGCAAAACUCUUCACAGUGUCUGUCUCUGAAUAUCAUUUUACGAGUGUGAAAACCAGAACUGUGGGAUGGCGCUUACAAGGAUCACCAUAUGGAGGACCAUUACGUCUUCUGCGUCCAUAGCACCGCUAUUGGGAGCUCGAGGCUUUCGAUCAGACGCGGCUCUCGAUGCGAUCGCAAAAGCACGCGAAGAGAAGGUACCAAAUAUGGUGCUCUACAACUACCCUUCUUUCUCCGGCGCAUUCUCCUCUCUCUUCGCGCAUCUCUUCCACUCCCGCCUCAAACUUCCCUGCCUCAUUUUGCCUUUCUCCUCUGUUGUACCAUUCAGGGUUGAAGAUUUUUAUGUCGAAGGGCUUGAGAGAUGCUACCUUCUUGAUUUUCUUGGUCCAAAAGGAUUUGCUGAUAAGCUUUUACAGAGAUCAAUGUGCGAGGUAAUAGCUUUUGAUCAUCGAAAAUCAGUGUCUUCACAAAUUCCCUCACCAGAAGAUUUUCCCCAGAACUUAAGCUUGCAUGUUGAUCCCGAGAAGAGUAGUUCUCGUGCUGUAUAUUCAUACUUCUCAGAAAAGUUUGCAGAUGUGAUAUCACAUGAUAAUAAGGAGGUGGUUACCAGUCUAUUAAACUCGGAGGACCAAGGUCGUGUGGAAACGAUUCUACAAUACAUUGAAGACAUAGAUCUUCGAAAGUGGAGGUCACCAGACUCUAGAGCUUUUAGUGUUGGACUUGGUGAAUGGCGCUCAAAAUUAAAUUGCUCUACUAAUCACUAUAUGUUUGAACAGUUGCUUGGGAUAAAUUCUGCGGAGUUAAUUGCCAAGGGAAAUGUAAAAAUCUCAUCUUGUCAGAAUGCUGCAAGCAAGUUACUGGACAAGGUUUUCAAAGUUCAUUUGGGCAGAGGAUUUUAUGGGGAGUGCCUGGGAGUUAGAGCAGAUGGCAAUUCCAACUUAAGUGGUGAAAUUGGCAAGCAGCUUAGUGUAAAAAGUGCUGCAGCUGGCCUAAGGCCCAUUGGAGCUGUUAUAUACAUGCAGCGAAAUAAUCUUAAGAUGUGCUUGAGAAGUACUGAUAGUGCUACUGAUACCUCUGAAAUUGCAAAGGCGUACGGUGGAGGCGGCUCGCCUAGUACCAGCUCUUUCAUAAUACGAAUGGAUGAGUUUAAUCAGUGGCUUUCAGUUAAUGCAUGUUGACCAGUGGCUUUCAUAAUACGCAUAAAAGGUGGUUUUGCUUUGACAAAACAAAUGCUAGAUGAAAGAAGAUUCCCCAAGAUGCAUCUUAAUUUGCAGCGCCUCCUGCAGUGUUUGGCAUGAAUGUGGAAGGAGUUCCAUGGACAGGGCAAAAUAACCCGGCGCUAAAAGAUGGGUUCAACAUCGUAUCUCUAUGCGGCAAUGCUGCUGCUCUUGCUUCUGUGCUUUUCCUUCCCAACUAUUUAUACCGAGCAUCUGCUUGGCAAAGGAGGUGGGAAUUGAAAAAAAGCUGGUCUCUCAAAAGGAAAUCAUUCCUCAAGAGAGGGGUUACCUUCGGCUUUGAGAGAGUCCCAAUGCAGCACAUUUCCCUUUUGAACGCCUACAUGAUUUCCUUCUGUGGAAUGGAUCUUUGACUCUAUUUCUCCCUUGAGAGUCGAUUUCACUCGUCAUGCCUAGAGAAAUCUUCAUUCCUUGUAUUCCUCUUCUUUUACCUGGUUUAGAACAGAGGAUGCCUUUUAUGGGGGUACACUAUUGUCGACAAGCUGUAUAAUCACCAUCAUUGUUAUCGAUCUGCCAAUAUUGUACAGGAGUCGUCACUAAACCAAAUGGAGCCAUUUAUUGAAAUUUGAAAGAAUCUUUAUCUUCACAAUUCUAAACGGGUCUGUAGACUAAAAAUGAUUUUGGUAAAAGGCAGGAUUGAAUUGCAAAAGAAUCUUUCACAAUGCAGAGAUGAAACUCAUGUAUUAUAGGUGUUGUAAUGUGUACAAAGUAUUUCAUGCCUUCUAAUUCUCUCUGACUACUUAACCAACUCUGUUCACUAAUUUUCCCUACUAUCUCUCAAGUCUAAAACCUACCGGGGACUUCUUCCCUCGGCUUUCCAAGCCUUGCUCUCCCACAUAAAGCAACAAUUCAACCACACUUCCAGCCACAAAGCCAUCAACCAACUCCUCCAAAGCCAGUUCAGCACAAGAAAACACACACCGGGGCUUCUUCCCUUAGCUUUCCAAGCCUUCCUCUCCAACAUAAAG